UGCAUUGCGGGUUUUUGACACUUGCGUUACGUAGCAUAUGAUAACCUAUUAUUCAUCAUUUUAUUUCUUCCGUAAACGUGGUCAUACUUUUUGGUCAUGAUCAAUCGAACUAAUUUUAGCGUUAAAAUUCAAAGCUGAGCGGAAUUUUCAUUCAUGAAUGCUGUAGUAAAAAAGAGGAUGGUUCAUAAUCCGACUGAUGAUAUUGAUUUAAAAGUGUCAACACUUGAUCCGGAUAUACAAAUUGGAGAAGUGUAUAAAGUUUUACGAUCUACUGGUCAAUACUAUCCUGCCGCUGUAAUAGAAGGUCGUAUAGAUGGUAAUGGGAAUAAAGAAUAUUAUGUUCAUUAUUGCAAUCACGACCGUAGAUUAGAUGAAUGGGUUACAUCUGAACGAAUUGACUGUUCUGCAAAGCUUAAAAUUCCAUGCGAGUCGUCUCUUAACCAGUUAACAGAUUCUGCUGGGUGUGAUGUCCGAUUCACCAGAAAUCAGAAACGCAAGUUGGAAGAAACUUCCAAAGUUCUUCAAGAAAGUGACUCUUUAGACUCUACUACGCAAAAAUUGGAGCUUGAAUAUCAAGAAUUUACUCGAGUGAAAUUUAUUGAUCAGAUACAAUUUGGCAAGUACGAAAUUGACACAUGGUAUUUUUCACCUUAUCCCGAAGAAUUUAGACAAGUGAAAAAGUUAUGGAUAUGUGAAUAUUGUUUAAAAUAUAUGAAGUAUUCAGAAACAUGGUUAAACCAUAUAAAAUAUGAUUGUAAAGCAAAACGACCUCCUGGUAAAGAAAUAUACAAUCAUGGAAAUCUAUGCGUUUUUGAAUUAGAUGGCAAUGUACAAAAGCUUUACUGUCAAAAUCUAUGUCUGUUGGCCAAAUUGUUUCUAGAUCAUAAAACACUUUAUUAUAAUGUCUCACCAUUUAUAUUCUAUGUUCUAUGUGAGAUAGACAAUGAUGGAGUACAUCUUGUUGGUUAUUUUUCCAAGGAAAAAGUAUCUGCUGAUAAUUAUAAUCUUGCAUGUAUCUUAACUUUACCACCAUUUCAACGUCGUGGAUAUGGUCAUUUCUUAAUUAGUCUCAGUUAUGAAUUAGCUAAAAUUGAACAAAUUGUUGGUACACCAGAGAAACCUCUCUCCGAUUUAGGUCGUUUAAGUUAUCGUAGUUAUUGGGAAAAGGUGAUAUUGAAUUUUCUAUUAGAAAAUCCUAAUUGUACAAUGAAUGAAUUAAGUACAAAAACAUGUAUUGCCAUUGAUGAUAUUAUUUGGACAUUACAAUAUCAUCCAAUUAUUAAUAACUGGCAACAUGGUCAUCAGAUAUGCCUACAUCGUGAUACUAUACAACAAUAUUUGAAUCAAUUAAAUGAUGAACAUUCUAUGAAAGCCUUUCCUACAGAUGGUAAAGAACAACGGAAAAAUCGUAAAUUGAUGCAUAAAAACUCUUUUGUAUUGGAUAUCAAUCGAUUGAAAUGGGAUCCACCAAUUAAAUCAUCACAGAAUAACAAAGAAAGUCAAAUGUAAUUAAUGCUGUUACUUAUUUUUUUUUUGUGUGUGUACAAAUUCAGUGACUACUGUUAUUAUCAUCGUCAGUAGUAAUGAGAUUCUCUUUAAAGUUUUAUUUUGUUUUUAUAAUCAACUAUAUUUUUUUGAUUUAUUUAAUUGUGCUAUUAUUAAUUAGUGCAUGAAGUUGAUCUCUCUCAACAUUUCGAUGUAAAUACAAGUUGUUUUUUUAAAGAAAUUAAAAUUAAAUGUGCAUUUAUCGUCCAUCUAAAAAUUUUGCUUUGAUGUUUAUUAGUUCUAUGUAAGAGUUUUCAAGAUGCAUUGAAUGUGUAGACAGUUGUGUAAUUGUUGAAAUUAUUUUAAAAUUAUUUGCUUACGAAAUAUAUUGAGGUAAAAUACAUUUUAAAAAAUAGAAUGCUUGUACAAUGUGGGAGACUGGGAGAGUCAUCCAAAUUGCUGCAGAAAUGAAGAGAUACAACCUGGAGGUAUUUGAAAUCAGUGAAACACAUUAGACACAGGUUGGACAACAACGACUAGCUUCAGGGGAACUUCUAUAAUCAUUUCGAUAUCUGCUAAAAAUGGAACACAGAAUUCGUGUUUUAUCGUCAUAACGUUGAACUUGACCCAAGUUUGUAUUGCUUUAAACUCCAGAAUACUGUCCACUAACCAGUCUUGUAAUCUACCAGUGUCUAUUCAGCAUAUAACCGACAUGUAGUUUUAGGUUGUAUCAGAUAAUAAAUUUUUGGAUUCCUCAUGAUAUUGGGUUCUGUAGUGCUAUCCGGUGAAACCAAUGUAACUUUGUAUAUGUGUUCGUGAGCGAAUAUGGUGGCACUUAUAACUAUUUCUUUGAAAGCACAUGAAUUUGCAAAUCUCCUAGCAUUGUCGUUCUUUUCUCCCACUCCAUGUCGUCCCAGAAUAUCAUCAUACUCGAUGUUGUACAUUACGACUUUAGCGUUUCGGUUUUCCCUCAAUAUGGUCAGGUCCUUUCCUGAGCUCGUCUUUACAAUCAACUGCAGCCUCAUGAAACUGAUCUUUAUCGUCUUCGUUGCUACCAUUGGUAGGCGCACAACAAUGGAUAGCAUUCAUUGUAGUCCCCUUUUUUUCGAAGAAUCCUUUUAUGAUUCUACGUCAGUGAGACUCCCAUCCUAUACGUGCUUUUCGUGCUUCUUCGGACACCAUCAAUGUAACAACUUGUGAAUUCGAAGCAUUUUCUUCUUCAUGGUCAGGGUUCGAUAGCACCUCUUUCGAGGCUAUUAUUUUCUGUCCAGCUUGGAUCCAAUGGGUUUCACUUAUUCUGAACAUCACCAGGUUAUAUCUCCUCACUUACGUAGCCCACCCAGUCUCCCACAUUGUCUGGAUAUAUCAUGUAUCUAUGUUAAUUGUUGAUCUAAUUGUUGGAAGGGAUAUCAGUCUCGCGAUUUCCGAAUAAAGUGCUGACCCAUACCCAAAUCUCCUCCUUUGUGAGCAUUAUACAGUCAUGCACACCGUGCUCGU